AUGUUUAUACUGACCAAGAUAUCGGAUCUGGUGCAGAUUGAGCCAGAAGACUUCUCGAAGCACAGCAUCGUCGCACUAGAGGAUAACAUCAACGCCAAGUUCUCCAACAAGGUCAUCCAGAAGAUUGGGCUCUGCAUAUGUCUCUAUGACAUUCUAUGGUCCUCCGAGGGUCUCAUAGGUCAUCAAACCGGCCUCGUCAACGUCAACGGUAAGACCACCGACCUGACCCUGCCGCCGACGCACCGCUCCUUUGGCUCACGAACCCCCGCAGUCGAGUUUCGAAUGGUCGUCUUUCGGCCUUUCAAAGGCGAGGUCAUGUUGGGCCGAAUACGAAGCUCCACCCCGGCAGGUAUACAUUUGCGAACCGACUUUUUCGACGACAUAUUCGUCCCGUACGAGGAGCUGCCGCAGGGUGCCGAGUACAGUCAUAGCGAGCAGCUUUGGAUCUGGAACAUUGACGACUCGAGACUGUUCUACGACAUCCACGAAAUGGUGCGCUUCCAGGUCGUCGACGAGGAGUGGCACGACCAAACGCCUGCCGGUCCGACUCAAGCCGACGACACGCCGCCGAAGACGCCGUACAAGAUCAAGGGAAGCAUGGCCCGCGAGGGUUUGGGUGUGUGCCUGUGGUGGGACAGCGUGUGA